AUGGAGGAGGACGAAACUUCAAACAUCAAUGAGAUACUUCUACUGUUCCACUACCACCACCUACUUCACCACCACUACGGGGGUUCGACAACUGCAAUUGAUACUUCUACUGUUCCACUACCACCACCUACUUCACCACCACAACCAUCAACCAUUUUACCAACAUCUACUUCAACUGUUUCUCCUACCUUUGAGAAAGUGAUGCAAGAGCCAAUUACUAUCUUAUUCUCAUCUCAAUCUACUGAUGCUGAGAAGACUAUUCAUGAAGAAGAAAUAAAUGAUGAUGAUGUGAUGGUUAGUUUUGUAGAUUUGGAAUUCAAUCCUAAUGAAGAUGAUGUUCCAGAUGAAGCUAUUAUGUCUGGUAAACAAUUCAAAAUUUUUAACUCCAAGAUGAAUUCGAUUUUUCAAUUUUUGAACGAUAGGACUGGCAAGUCAAGUGUUAGUAGUUCAGAAGUCAAAUUUUUGCUUAAGUCUUAA